CAUCAAAUCAUUCAAAGAAACAUAGUCUUAUCAAUAUUUUUAAUUAUCAUUUUUAAUAAUACUCAAAUAAAGAGUAAAUACUUAAAAAGUAAAAAGUUUAAUAAUAUAACUUUAUAUUAUUUCUUAAUAAAAAUUUCAAUAACCUAUUAUUAUUUAUUAUUAACAUAAUCAAAUAUAUUGAAUAUAAUUAAAUAUUUUUUUCAAUUUUUAAAAAAUUUACAAAAAAUUUUAUAGUGUCAUACAUACAAAAUGAAGUGGUUAGUUUUUAAUACAUUAAUAAUUUGGAAUUAUAUAUCUUGUCAGGAUAUUGUUUUUCCAAGUGAUGAAGAAACAUAUGUAAACGGCAAUAUUAAGACGAUAACAGAACGUAAUCCAAUAUUUAUACCAGACUCAUGUCCUAAAAAUAUGCUUCUUUAUUCUGGAGUUGGAAAUAUAAGUACAUGGAUAUGUGAUUGUAAGCCUGGAUUUCUAUAUUUUCCAUUGAAUAAUAGUUGUCAUGAAGCAUAUAGACAAGGACCAUGUGCACCACAACAUUAUGUUGUGCUUCCUAAAAAUGAAGUUAUACCAAAAUGUAUAAAAAAUCCUUGCUUGCAGGAUGGUAUAAUACAAUAUAAUAACACAUGUUAUUCUUUAGGAACUACAGGUGGACCCUGUGCUCCUAAUGAAGUAAUAGCAGUAAAUACGAUUACAUUUGAAUUAGAAUGUACAUCAGAAAUUGAACCAUUUAUAAUAAUAAAAAUAUCUAAGGAAUGUCCUGUUGGAAGUCGUAGAAAUAUACUUGGAAUAUGCAAAAAAAUAAUAAAUAUUCCUAUGUAAUAAAUUUUUAUUUUUUAUAUAAAAA